UUCUUAACAGUAAACAUUCUAGAAUCUAGAUGAUAACACAACAAAAUAUCUAUGCACUAAUUGCACUAUUUUUUACAAUAAUUGCUAUUACACAAUAACUAAUUAUUAUUAAUUCUUUAAAUUUUUGGUGUACAAUUUUUUAUCGUUGACUCAUAAAUAUUAUGUUAAACUAAACAAAAAAAUAACAUUUUUCUCAUCCGCAUAAUCGUGAACGUGUUAGUGAACAUAUGGUUAAAAUGAAAAAUAUAUUUGAUCUGGACUUUAAUGUACUCUGUAGGCUUUGUCUGCAUAAAGGGCCUGAACUGCGUCCGAUUUUCGAUUGCGAUUUUUCUUACCGUAUCGAGUCGUGUGUAGGAAUAGUAAUACGACAGUGUGAUCUGGGGCCGGCUAAUAUGUGUGUCAAUUGUUUGAGUAAUUUAGAAAAUUGGGAAGAAUUUAAACAAAAAUGUAUAUCUUCAAAUGAAUGUAUUCAGAACUGUAUCAAGCAGUUGGAAGAAGAGAAAUUAAAUUUAGUAGAUAAUUCUAUUAAGCUCGAGGAUCAACUAGAAACAGAUGAACAGGAAAAUAUUCAUGACAGUACGUUCAACAACGAAUUUAACAAUCAAGACUCUGAUAAUGAUUCGUCAAAAUCUAAGUCGGCCAUUUCACUAACAACACAUGAACAUGAAGUCAAUUUGAGUACUGUUAAAAAAGAAGAAACCGCCUCAGAAGUCACAAAUACUAAAACAUCUAUUAAGAAAAAACGUUACAAGUGUGGCAUGUGCUUUAUACAUUUCACUGAAAAAGAAAAUUUGUAUGACCAUUUAAUAGAGAUCCAUAAAUUAGAAGAAAAUAACACCCCACAUUACUGUCUAAUAUGCAAUAAAGGAUAUUGUAACUAUUCAAUUUAUCAAAAACAUUUAACUACUGAACAAGAUAUUCAUGGGUCCAUUCAAAUUCUGGAUAAAAUUAAAGAUUGUACAAUUGGUUGUGGACUAUGUUCUUGUAAAUUCAGCCGGUCGACCAGUCUCUAUCGUCAUCUCAGAAAUCAUGCAUUGAAGAAAGAUGUUAUGCCUCAUUUGUGUUCAUUUUGCCAGGUGGGAUUUCUUGACACAUACAGUCUAUACUUACAUGCAUCAACAGAACAUCACGCUGCAUCAGUCACUGUAAAUGAAUCUAAAAAAGAAUGUUCUGAAUUGACAACCAUUCUUAGCCAAGGGGGAGAACUAUGUGGCAAUAUGACUUUGGCCAAUGACACUGCAGUUGAUAGCGAGUACAAGGACAAUAAGUAUGCAAUCACUAUCAAGCGUAAAAUCAAAAAGCUUAAUACGGUGGAGGACAAAAGAGCAAAGUAUCGCGAACACUAUAGGCGGUUCCAGUCGAAGACAUACACGUGCGAAUUCUGUGACGUCACCUAUUCCCGGUUCUGCGAUCUGUUCAACCAUGACCGUACUGCCCAUGACAACAUGCCCAAAGAGUUCAGCUGCCCCACUUGUGGCAAACUGUUCCUGACGGACAGUCGGCUACAGAUCCACCAGAGUGCGUUCCAUGCCGAAAAGGCAUUCAGCUGUGAUGUGUGCAACGUGCGAUGCAAGUCUAAGCAUACGCUGCGUACACACAUGCGCAAGCACAGUGGUGUAUUCACAUGUACACAUUGUGGCUUGACUACGGCCAGUAACGCGGCACUUGUGUCACACGUUCGCAUACACACUGGCGAGAAGCCAUUUGUAUGCGAUCUUUGUGGCAACUCUUACGCAUCCAAGUUGGGGCUCACGUCUCACAAACGCACCCACCAGCAAGAGGCACUAUUUAAGUGCAACGUGUGCGGGUACACGGGCUCCAGCCAUAGUUCUAUAUAUAUACAUAGGCAGACACACAACUCGGACAAGCCGUUUGUGUGUGAUGUGUGUGGCAAGACGUUUAAGAUCAAGGUACGGUUGGUUGACCACCAGAAGAUACACUUUGCAUCCAAGAACUACGUGUGUGAGGUGUGCAACAAGGCGUUUCUGGCUCGGUAUCAGCUGGUCCAGCAUGCUCGUACCCACUCGGGUGAAAAACCAUUCCUGUGCCAUUUGUGCACCAAGGCAUUUGCCCGGCGAGAUGGGCUAUCAGAACACAUUAGGACACACACAGGUGAGAAACGGUACACGUGCACAGAGUGCUUCCGCACAUUUUCUUUCUACAAGAGCAUGAAGAAUCACAAGUGUUCGGUGGCAAUUAGUGGUGGUAACAAUGACGGUGAUAAUGUGGAUAAUGUUCGCAACACUGGUGGGGUAGAGACGAAAAUAGAUCCAAUGCCUUCCAGUGUAAUGCGAAWGACCACCGAAGACGACUUAUCUAUGUUGGACCAGUCUUACCGAUCUACUAUUGGAGCAAACACUGAUGUUUCAGCAUUUCCCGUUGAGUGGAAACCCAGUUAGGAACUGCUUUAAUUAUAAAUCUGUGUAAAUUAUGUGAAAUUUGCAUGCUUUAAAAUUUAUGGUCUGAUUAAUUUUAAAAAAACCCAUUUUUUUGUUCACAUUUUCUUCUAGUCUCCCAAAUAAUUUCCAGACCUGAAGUAUUAUGGCAAUUUUAUCCUGACUGUCUGGUUCUGAUAAUUAGUUGGAACUUUUUUUUAAUUUUCUUGAGAGUUAGUAUUUUUUUGAUACUGAGGUCAAAAAAAUUGAUGAAAACUUCCUAUUGAAAUAUAUAAA